UCUAUAAUACAGGUAUUAAAGAGCCGGGUAUAUCUGGACAAAUUUUCUGAAAGUGUCCAAUAUAGUUUCCUUGAUUACUUGUCUGCGGGUUUUGAAUUGAACUUCAUGGUGGCCAUUGAUUUUACAGCUUCAAAUGGGAAUCCACGCCUUCCAGAUUCUUUGCAUUAUAUUGAUCCUUCAGGACGGCCAAAUGCAUACCAGAAGGCAAUUGUUGAGGUUGGAGAGGUGCUACAGUUUUAUGAUUCAGACAAACGAUUUCUUACAUGGGGAUUUGGUGCCCGACCAAUUGAUGGUCUUGUUUCCCAUUGUUUUAACCUCAAUGGAAGCAGUCACUAUUGUGAGGUGGAAGGGAUCCAAGGAAUUAUGAUGGCAUACACAAGUGCCCUGCUUAAUGUUUCUCUUGCAGGACCAACUCUUUUUGGACCUGUCAUAAGCAAUGCUGCACUUACUGCCAGCCAAUCUGUAGCAACUGGUGCAAGAAAAUAUUUUGUUUUGUUAAUAAUCACAGAUGGAGUGGUGACAGAUCUCCAAGAAACAAAAGAUGCCCUUGUUAAAGUGGUGGAGAAAUUUCAGUAG